AUGUUUUUGGGCCACCCUGGACCAUUAACAAGUCGUGAUAAUGGCCCAGGGCUUGUUAAUGGUCCAGUGGUUGUUAAUGGUCCAGUGGUUGUUAAUGGUCCAGUGGUUGUUAAUGGUCCAGUGGUUGUUAAUGGUCCAGUGGUUGUUAAUGGUCCAGUGGUUGUUAAUGGUCCAGUGGUUGUUAAUGAUCCAGUGGUUGUUAAUGGUCCAGUGGUUGUUAAUGGUCCAGUGGUUGUUAAUGAUCCAGUGGUUGUUAAUGAUCCAGUGGUUGUUAAUGGUCCAGUGGUUGUUAAUGAUCCAGUGGUUGUUAAUGAUCCAGUGGUUGUUAAUGGUCCAGUGGUUGUUAAUGGUCCAGUGGUUGUUAAUGGUCCAGUGGUUGUUAAUGAUCCAGUGGUUGUUAAUGGUCCAGUGGUUGUUAAUGAUCCAGUGGUUGUUAAUGGUCCAGUGGUUGUUAAUGGUCCAGUGGUUGUUAAUGAUCCAGUGGUUGUUAAUGGUCCAGUGGUUGUUAAUGAUCCAGUGGUUGUUAAUGGUCCAGUGGUUGUUAAUGGCCAGAUAAAGAGAUGA